AUGAGAUUAAAAUCUAUCAAUUAUUAAACUCAUGUUUUUAGUCUAUUAUUUAUGAGUAUAAUUCUGAACAAAUAUUUUUAUAAUAGAAUUUGCUUAUUUAUGUUUAUACAAAAGAAUGUGCUCCUAAUUCCUUAUUAUCGUCCCUUUAAUCUGUAGAUGAAAGAAGAUUUAACUGUGGAUGAAAUGCUAAACUUUAUUAAAUAAGACAAGGAGUAAUUUAUAAUGUUAAUUUAGAAUAAUAGGAGGUACAAAUAUGUGGAGUUGCUAUUCAUACAAUAGGAAUAUCAAAUUGGGGGGCAAUGAUUUAAUUGGAAACAUGGUGGAUGAGUUAUUUAUUAUUGUUUGUUAGAAGCAAAUUGUGAAACAAAAAUAAAUAGCAGUCACCAUUCAACCUUAGAAUAUUCACUUUUUAUUGAAUGUAACUUCUUAAUUUUAGAUCAUUGAUUUAUUCAACCACAUUCGUCAUAAAUAUUCGUAAAAUUGGCAAUUAUCAUUAGACUCACUGAAAAUUAUUCGAAUUGGAGAUGUUAUUCUUUACACUAAGGUCAAAACCUGAAGUCAACCGAAAUGCUUGUAGAUUUGAAAAUCGAUAAUUUCUAUGUUGUCACAAAUGAAAUUUAUUUUCAAAAACGAAUAUUGACAGGAUUAAAUAUAAGUUUGAAUAUGGAAGUGGAAUCAAAUUCCAAAAUUAUUGAUAUAGUGCAAUUUAUUAAAGAACAUUUAAAGUAAACUUAAAAUCAUAUAAUCAGAUUGUAAGGAGAUGUAUACUAAUGGACUUGUCAUUCUUUAUAAUUAAAUAAAAAUCUGGAUUUUAAUUCUACAGUUAAUUAAAUAAAUGGUGAAGAAUUGCUUAUCACAACAUAAAAUGGCAUCUUUAAUACUUAAAAUCUAUUUUCGACUACAUUUGAUAGUUUACAUUAUGAUUAACCUGUUAAUUAAACCAAUUCAAUAUUCCAAUAAUAUGAUCAUGUAUGUUAUUUAGCUAAGAAUAGUAAUAAUAAAUUAAUUAACAAUUCAUAUAAUUAAAACUUGAGACAUUUGAAGGAGUCAAUAAAAGAUCCUAUGUUGAUUAUUUUAGUCCUAAUACUCAAAUCGAAAAGUUGGCUAAAUUAAUUUUAAAUUUUUUAUCACUUGACAUGUAGCAAAUAAAUAAAAUACUAUCUUUAGGUCUUAAGUUACAAUUGAUCUUUUUAUAAAUGGGCAUUAAUACAAUAAUUAAAAAGAUAGAGUCUAAACUUUGUAUUAAUGUGGUAUAAAAAGCAACUCCUUGGUUUAAGCUAAAGUAAGAUGGUUAGAUACAAAAGCAUGUCUAAAUUGA